AUGGCGGAACGCCCACCCUCCCCGACACCCUCCGAACGCGCCCGCAAGGACGCCGAAGACCGCAAGCGCGAAGAAGAGGAACAGGCGAAACUGCCGUACAAAUGGACGCAGACUCUCGAAGAGGCGGAAGUCAGCGUGCCCAUACCGGGGAACCUCAAGGCGAGGGAUUUGAUUGUCGAGCUGAAGAAGGCGCACAUCAAGGUCGCGAUCAAGGGCCAGGAGCCCAUUAUUGACGGCGACUUCCCCCAUCCCAUACAAACGGACGACUCGACGUGGGUGUUGUCCACCAAGCCGGACGGAAACAAAGAAAUCCUCGUCACCAUCGCCAAAGCCCGCGGCUCCAAUUGGUGGGCGCACAUCGUCACUUCGGCGCCCAAGAUCGACACCACAAAGAUCGUGCCUGAGAACUCCAAGCUGAGCGAACUCGACGGCGAAACGAGGGGAAUGGUUGAAAAAAUGAUGUACGAUCAAAACCAGAAAGCCAUGGGCAAACCGACCAGCGAAGAGCAAAAGAAGGACGAGAUCCUAAAGAAGUUCAUGAAGGAGCAUCCAGAGAUGGACUUCUCGAAUGCGAAGAUCGGAUGA